UUUGUAAAUACUGGCGCAAUAUGGCGGCCGAGAGGAGGGUUUGACCGGUUGUCUCUGUGCACAUAGUGAAGUAUUGUGUGUCUGCGCGGUGGUCAGCUCAUCUGUGACCUCUGCAUCUUCAUCUUCUUCUUCAUCAGCAGCCAAAACAAGCUGCACAACUCACCUGCACAACAGCUGUUUACUGACCAAUGGCAGCCUGCUCUCACUGUAACCUGCAGAAUAUUGAUGAUCUCUCUCACACACACACACACACACACACUCAGAGGGAUGAUCAAUAUUCUGCAAACACAUAAACAAUGUGAGUGAAUGGGGAACAAUGUGCGGCUGUCAGGUGAACUCAGGCUGAACUCACCGUCUCCCCAUCGAGUCCAUCAGCUGUGACGUCGCCUCAGUCUCCAGGUGAUAGUCCGUACCCGGCCUGUAUGCAGCCUGUCCAGGGCCCGGCCUGAUUCCUGGUGUUCCUUCUUUCCCACCACCUCCUCCUCCCUCCUUUCCCUACCCUCCUCCCCCCCCUUGCCCCCCUCCCUCCAUCCUCACCCCCCCUCCACACGCACACACCGCCCCCCGAUUGGUGUCUCACACACACCGAUUCCCAGAGUUUAGCCCGGACCGGCGGCCUUGCUGGCUGCCCCCCUACAGGUGGAUGAAUGAAGACCCCUUUCAAGAGCCCAGCGGCCCCGCGGCCCCGAGCAGACGGGGGACAUUCCGGCGUUUCUGCAAACAUGAUGAAGAAAAAGAACUCGCACAAGAAACAGAGGACCAGUGUUGGUCCCAGUAAGACUCUGGCUCAGCCCAGAAGGAACAUAGUGGGCUGCAGGAUCCAGCACAUCUGGAAGGAAGGCAGUAAGUCGUCCCAGUGGAAGGGGACGGUCCUGGACCAGGUCCCUGUCAACCCCUCCCUCUACCUGAUCAAAUACGACGGCUUCGACUGCAUCUACGGCCUGGAGCUGUACAGCGACGAGCGGGUGGUGGGGCUGGAGGUCCUGCCCGACAGAGUGGCUCCGGCCCGUGUGAGCGACUCGAUGCUUGCGGAGACGAUGAUCGGGAAAGCGGUGGAGCACAUGUUCGAGACGGAAGACGGGCCGAAGGAGGAGUGGAGGGGGAUGGUGCUGGCUCGGGCUCCCAUCAUGACCUCCUGGUUCUACAUCACCUACGAGAAAGACCCGGUCCUCUACAUGUACCAGCUCCUGGACGACUACAAGGAGGGAGACCUGCGCAUCAUGCCCGACUCCAACGACACCGUGGCGGCGGAGCGGGAGCCCGGCGAGGUGGUCGACAGCCUGGUGGGCAAACAGGUGGAGUACGCCAAAGAGGACGGCGGGAAGCGGUCGGGUAUGGUCAUCCACCAGGUGGAGGCUAAGCCCUCCGUCUACUUCAUCAAGUUCGACGACGACUUCCACAUCUACGUCUACGACCUGGUCAAAACCUCCUAAGGCCCGAAAACCCGGUCCGGGACCCCCGAAAAAAAAGACUUAACCGAGACCUGCCUAGACCCACCGAACACCCCACCAGAACCCCCCAGUGAAGAACUCCAGCUAGGGUUUAAAACAUCCUGAGACUCCCCGCGAUGUACGGAGACGCCUGAGACAGACGAUAUCCAUUCUUCACUUGUUCUUUUAUCAAACGCCUUAAAAACAAGAAAAACGAUGGAAGUUCAGCCCCGUCACCAAGACCGAGACCAGCUCCUAGACUCACUGCGGUGGAUCCAAUCAUCAUCAUUUUAUCCAGAUUUCUUUAGACUCUUUCAGGACGCUUUCCUCCGACACCUUCUGAAACGUAAAAACUGGUUAUUUGGAUGAACUGAAACUAAAAUCGCACAAAAAGAAAUCUGGUUCAGUUUGAGAGUUUUGACUUCGACAACCUGAGACGUCCCGAGAUCAUUCGUUCCAGAGUCAGAGCAGGUCUGGAACCACAGAAAGACCUCCUCCCCCCUUUUUCCUGAAACCCUGUCAGACCGUUGGAGACCUCCGCUGUCAGAGGGAGGGGGGUGGACGGGUCUGAGUCUGCCGGGGUUAAUGAAGGGAUGGGACUUCAGGAAUACAGCCCCCCCCGUAGAUGAAGCUGAACGCUCGUCUGUCUUCUUCAUCGCGGGAGGAGCUCGUGUCCAAUCACAGAGCAUCUUACUGGCCCCGCCUCCCUGCAGGUCACCUGACCCACAAAGACUGAGGACACAGACUCUUUUUCUUCUUCCAUUCUUUUAUCAUUUGUCUUUUUCCUGUUGCUGUUGAUUCCUACAUUACCCAUAAUGCCUUUUACUUGGAGAGGCUCAGGUGAUCAGGCAUCAGUUGGUCCAGAAUGGCCUGUUAGCGUCGUUAGCCGUCUAACUGCUGGUCACAGGUAGCGCUCGAGGCUGCCGCACAGAUUGAGUUUGAGUAGGGAUGCUAAUGAUGCUAACGAGCUGUUGUUUAAGUUUAAUUAAAGAGCAUUAAGUCCGUUUCAUUUGUUGGGGAAACUUUUCUGUUGAGCAGUUUUAGCUUUUUCUAGUUAUUUAAACAAAAUGUCAACAAUGAAGCUUUGACGGAUUCUGAUGUUUUUCACCUGUAAUCAAUAUUUUUUAUGUUUGUGCCAAAAAGUAUUAAAUGUUUCAGAUAAACCAGGAUGAUAAAAGAUAAUAACUCACUAAAGAAAUAUCUUCUCUCAUGAAACACAGCAGCAUUUUGGGAAAUCCUCUUGUUUGUCAGAUGAGAUCAAUAAAAAGAUCAAUAUCAGUUAUUGAUACUGUAUGUCCAGGAUGCGUCAGGGUAGCACUCCUCCUAUUAUUUGACAUUCAUAAGCAGUUUAUUUAAUAAUGUAGUUGUAAGCAGAUCGAAGGCAAGUGUUUGUGUUUAUUAACAAUUAUAACGUCUCCUGUGUCGACAUAUUUUAUAUUAUCGGUGUUUUACUGUCAUUAUUAUACUCAGGAGGAGUUAAAGUUGUUAACUAAUACAUUAAUCAACACUCACAGCUGCUUAAACUGACAUUAUAGUGUGUUAGAAACCAUUUAUUACACAUUGUUUACUUAUGAAUGUUAAAUGUUGGGGGUUAAAAAUAAAGAGUAAAGCCUGGAAACAAAAGAUUUCCCAGAAUAUCCAAAUGUUCCGUCUUCCCUCAGACAGCUGAUCGGAUAUCGAUCGGUUCGAAAACAAUCAAUCCUAAACAAUCACUGGACCCGCGUGAAGGUUAAACUGUAGCAGUGGCCUCGCCCCCCUAUCUUGAGUGCUGUUUUCUGAUUGGCUGGACUCUCCUUGUGGUUCGUUACGGACCAAACCCGCUUCAACCGAUGGAUUUAAGGUUUCUGUGUUCUUAUAAAAAGAUGUUCUGCUCUCCGGCGGACGCGCUGUGUGUCUAUAUGUUGGUAUCAGCUGGCAGGUCGCCGGUUCCUUUGUGUGUUAUCUGUUCUUUGCUUUUAUAUCACCUCAUGUUCUGUCCUGUGUCUCCUGUGUGCGACCCGGUCUCCUGUGUGCGACCCGGUCUCCUGUGUGCGACCCGGUCUCCUGUGUGCGACCCGGUCUCCUGUAGGAACCAGCUGCAGCUCCAUUGACCCGCCGGGUGUUUGUAAGACUUUCUGUGACUCUGGACUGCGGCGCUCCUCCCCGCAGUCAUCUCACGGCGCUCUAACGGCGUUCAGUCGGGAGGGUGCUGGAAAGAUAUUUCUCAUUCAUCUCACUUCCCACAAUGCCGUGCUCUUAGCUGAUGUAGCUCCGCCCACCACAGGAGGUGACAUCACUCGUGACAUUUGCAUAAACAGCCAUGUUGCCUGAUCCACAUCUCGUGUGCCUGAAGGGACUCGAAGGUAAAUCUCAUUCUGGAUCCCGACCUAGAACAUUCCGGGUUCCGGUCCACGUUGUGGGUUGUUCUGAUCCAACGAUGUAGAACUUAAAGCAGCUGCGUCCCGUCACAAUGUGUGGAACGUUCAGAACCCUCCCAUCUUAUCUUUCUGUGGACAGAUUCAGACUCUAGAACUCAUAACGUUAACCUAGAACCCACAUGUACCCGUCCUAGAACCCACACGUACCCGUCCUAGAACACGCCCGGUCGGACAUUUCACUCAGAUUUAAAACACUUGUUCUGAUUCUGGAGUCAGAACUUUAAACACGCUGCUCUAGAAUGAGUUCGAGCCAUUUUUAUACAAGAACAUUUUUCUGAAGGAAGAACACUUUUCCUUUACUAUAUUAUUCUAGAAUAAAAGAUUUGAACACAGAGACUAGAACAUUGUAGAACAUGCAUUUUCAUCUCAGAACCAACCCCCUGGUCCCCGAUUCUAGAACCGGACCCGGGUGGGGAAUGGAUUCUCAUGCUGAGGUGUUCCAGAACAUUUCUUUCAAUUUUGUAAAACUCUUGUUCUGACUCGAGUCUCCAUGUUUCUGCGUUUCUGUUCUAGAAUCUGUCCUUUGGUUCCGUGGAACCCAUUCUGACUCCAGCUUCCGAUUCUAGAACACAGUGACGCACACGCUCCGAUUCCGGAACACGCCCCGGUUCUAGAACACUUCACUCAGAUUUAAAUCUCCACUGAUUCGUAGCUGCUCUAGAAUCAGUAUCCCGUCGAAAUGUGAGUCAUUUUCCUACGAGAACCUUUUUCUGAAGAACACCGAGAACCCGUUAGAACUCACAGCUUCAGGUUCUCGAGCACAGAGACGCUUUGUUUCGAAAACUGUAAAGAAAUCUGGUUUGAAUAUGUGUCGUUUUUUCCUAAAAUACUAAUUCCAGGACACGGAGACUAGAACGUCUCAAAGUCCACGUUCUGAUUAAAGAACAGUUCUGUUUGGGACAAACUCAUUCCAGAGAGGAAUAAUUACUCUGAUCUCAACGUAACAAACGUGUUUUCCAGAUGUUAGAACCUGUUUAGUUUCUCUGCAGAUCUCAAAGCUAUCGAAACCAAACCAUUUUCUGAUCACAAGGAAACAAAAGAUGUCACUCAGACUGUAGUUCGGUUCUUUAGUGCGAAACGUUUCCGGUUCCAGCAGAAGAUCUUUGUUUCAGAAGAGUUCAGGUCGCUCCCCGGUCUGUCCUCCGUCUGCCGUCACUCCGAGUCCCACUCAGCUCGCUAUCAGCCGCUGGCAUCUGUUACAGUUGACCUGGAUGUUUUGGGGGGCAUUACCCACAACGCACCUGGCUUCGGGCUGACGAACCACGGGAUGUUUAGACCGUAGUAAGACUCCUGGGUGGUGGUGGGGGGGGAACAAAAACCAGUGUCUGGGUGGAUCUUUAGCCUCCAUGAUGUGGACAUCAGUAGUCGUCUGUUCAGGAGCCGACACGCCGUUCGUAUUUUACAGAAAAACAUCGAUGUGUGUGUGUGUGUGUGUGUGUGUGUGUGAGAGAGUGUGUGUGUGUGUGUGUGUGUGUGUGUGUGUGUGUGUGUGUGUGUACCAGCCCCUGUUCAGAGCAGUGUUGUUUUUGCAUGCCUAUAUAGCUCCGUGUAAAUCGAUGUGAGUUGCAUGUCCGUGUAGUUUUCAGUUGUUCGGCUGUCUGUUGUGGCUUUGGGUGCCUUUUCGUUUCAUUUCUGUUUUUUUCUUUCCCUGUUUUAUUUUGUACCGUGUGUCCCAGAGGCUGCUGUUUUUUUGGGGUUUGUUGAGCAAAAGAGAAAAAUGAAAAGAAUAUCCCCCGACAAACAGAAGUGGCAGCAGUUAUUAUCAUGUUUUAAAGAGUGAUGACGGGUGUGAGAUUUCUGUUUUUGGGUGGAUCGUCCCUUUAAAGAGUGCCAACUACAGAUGCCAGUGUUGUACAGCAGUGAAAAGCUCACACUAUUUACUAAAAUAAACCAUUUCUCUGUUUUUUUCA